GAGGCUCGUCAUUACUACGUUGAUCAAAACCGGGACUUGGCUCGAGAGCAGGUGCUGGUCAAGAUGAAGGUCCUUGCAGUUCUAGCGCUGUUCGUGGUCGCCGCGGCGGCCAUGGUCAACUUUGACCUUGAUGUUAACGACUUCGUCAACGGUUUUGCGGAUGAGAUGCAAGCCAUGGAGGAACUGACUUGUGAUUGCAAGUACGGCUGCAAACCCAAGAUUGUGACUCACCCACCUACGCCAAAGAAGAAGGCCUCAGUCAUCCAGCCAGUUGUAGGAAACCGAGGAAAUGUGGCGCUCAUCGUCGACUAUGGUACCUGCUCGCCAACGCACGAGGGAUACACAUGGUUCAUUGACUGGGGAGAUGGCACCACCAACCACAGCUACUACAAGGAUCUGCUCCAAGUCCAAGUCCUGCAUCAAUACGACGACUGCGGCAAAUUCUGCAUCAAGACCAGAUACUGCUCAUACUACAAGCGCGUAGCAGAGAACGCUACUACACUCACUACCCGUGGCAACUGCGACUACUAUCAGCGAAAGAUCGACGUCACCUUUGACCCACCGGCUGGCUUGUAAUGUGUCGGAUGCACACGCUUGACUUUAACCAAGUCUUGACUAUUCUUUUGUGAUUCUAUUGUCGACCAUUGCUCAAUACUCCUGAUGGCACAGUGUACAUUUCCACCUCUGCCUCAAUCCGACCUGUAUUGUGUAUUGUCCGUGCUCGCUGAGUCACGAGUCCUAUCCUCCCUGACAUAUUAGUACUCUAGCUACCUUCUCACAGUGCAAUCACAAACUACAUGUACAACACUCAACUAACGUCUCUUUGCUGCACGAGCUGUUGUGCACUUGCAGUGUCUUUUGACUUGAAGUUCAACUGUCACUUUUCACAGCUGCCCAUCAUUGGCCUUUCAUUGCACACGUGAUGCCUGGUAUUGUUGUUCCGAGUAUUUAUACCGCACUCUGUGUUGCUUUA